UAUCAGUAUGCCUAUACCUAUCUUUUUGAUCUUCCUCAUCUGUUUCUAAAAUUUAUGGAUGUAUAUAUCAAAUAAUUAUUUCACUUUUAAUUAACAUAAUAGCAGCAUGGGUGUUGUGAAAUAUAAUAGAUUAUAAAGAGUUAAACGUACUACAAGAGAGUUUCCUUUCCAGUUUAAUUUUGAUUAUUUCUAUACACUACAGUGACCAGAAUGCGGACUGGACAAUCUGGGGAUAUAAGGGUUCAGAAGAAUAAAGAUGUCUCCCAACAGCCCUCAAGGGUCAAUGUGGAUUUAGAAAGGAGCUCCUCCCCUCCAGAAGCUGUGCCUCAGCCACCAUCACCUGUGGAUGUUGAUUUAGUAAGGAGCCCCUCUCUUCCAGAAGCUGUCUCUCAGCCACCAUCACCUGUGGAUGUUAAUUUAGAAAGGAGCCCCUCUCUUCCAGAAGCUGUCUAUCAGCCACCAUCCCCUGUGGAUGUUGAUUUAGAACGGAGCCCCUCCCCUCCACCAGAAGCUGUCUCUUGGCCACCAUCACCUGUGGAAAUAGAUAUAUAGAGGAGCCCCUCCCCUCUCGAAGCUGUCGUUCAGCCAUCAUUUCCUGUAGAUAUGGAUUUAGGAAGAGGCCCCUCGUCUCCAGCCAAUUUAAGAAAAGGUUCAGUCAAGUCUAGAAACAUUUAUGAAAACGAAAUCAACUGAGAAGCAAGCACCGCCAACAUUACCUCCUGCAAAAACAAUUAAAAGAUCGCUUGAUGCUAACCAUAUUUCAAUUACCUCAACCACUGAAGAGGAAGCAUCUGCAACAUCCAUCCCUGACACUAUGCCAGAUAUUCCUAACGAGCCAAACCAACCAAGAAAUAUUACAUUUGAGCCCAGACUAUACGGGAAAAAGAAGCAAAGAUUUCAACCAUCUUGGUUUGACACUUAUCCUUGGUUGCACUAUAGAGAACAUAACAACUCAGUAUUGUGCCAUUUAUGUGUUAGAGCAGACAUAGAUAGAAAAUUGUUUACAGCUCGAAAUAAAGAGGCUGCUUUCUUAAAAUAUGGCUUCGCGAAUUGGAAAAAGGCGUUAGAUUGCUUUGAAAGCCACGAAAAAUCUACUUGUCAUCAACUAGCAGCAGAAUCCGUCGUUAUAUUACCUAACGUAUGUAAAGAUAUCGGAGAAACCAUCUCGAGAGCCCAUCAAGAGACAAAAUUGGCGGCUCGCAAAAAUGUUGCCAAGAUUGUUCAAAAUCUAAGAUUUCUAGGGAGACAGGGUUUAGCCGUGCGAGGAGAUUCGGAUAAGAACGAGGAAAAUUCAAAUUUUAAUAAACUUUUCAGGUUAAAAGCUCUUGAUGACCCAACAAUGAAUGAGUGGCUUGAGAAAAAAAAUUAA